CAAGGCAAGGGUUAAGAGCUGCAGCAGAAAAGACAGGACCACCAAAACCUGGAGCUCAGCCUCCUGAGAGGGGCCGGGCUUGGAUACAACCUUAGUAAAGGGGAAGGAGAUGUGAGACAGCACUGGUCCCACACUCUGGAGCAGCAGCCAGUCCUGGAGCUGUCCAGCCAUCCCUGAGCCUGAACUCACUCAGGAGGCAGCACUGUCCUCACUCAAGUCCUUCUACAGGCAACUUUUCUACACAAGGUUAAGGAGUCCUAUCAGGCCGCUGAGAUGUCUGAGAUGGUCAGUGUUCAUGGGUGGAUGGAGGAGGCUCUGAGUUCUCAAGAUGAGAUGAAAGAAAGCAGUCAAAGACAGUCUGCAUAUGACAUGUUAUCAGGACUUAGUCAAGAAGAACAUGGAAGCAUUGAUGGAGAAGAAGAUGAAGAAGAGGAUGAUGGAGAAAAGCCAAAGAAGAGAGGGCCAAAGAAAAAAAAGAUGACCAAGGCGAGGCUUGAGAGGUUCCGUGUGCGAAGGGUAAAAGCUAAUGCCAGGGAGCGCUCAAGAAUGCAUGGACUAAAUGACGCUCUGGAUAACCUGAGGCGGGUAAUGCCUUGCUACUCUAAGACACAAAAGUUAUCCAAGAUUGAGACCCUCAGACUGGCAAGAAAUUAUAUAUGGGCAUUAUCAGAGGUCCUGGAGCAGGGGCAAACUGCAGAAGGCAAGGGGUUCCUAGAAAUGCUCUGUAAAGGACUCUCCCAGCCCACCAGCAAUCUAGUAGCUGGCUGUCUACAAUUAGGACCCCAGCCCAUGUUCUUGGAAAAACAUGAAGAUAAGUCAAGUAUUUGUGACUCGUCUCUUACUGCCCAUGCUUAUAGCUACCAGUCUCCUGGUCUACCAAGUCCUCCAUAUGGUAGCAUUGAAGCACACCACUUGCACUUGAAGCCCCCAACUUUCAAAACCGUUGUGGAUCCAAUGGUAAACCACACCUUAAAUUGUACCACACCUCCUUAUGAUGGUGCCCUUACUCCUCCACUGAGCAUUAGUGGCAACUUUUCCCUAAAACAAGAUGGAUCACCAGAUUUGGACAAAUCUUAUGCCUUUCGAUCACAUUAUUCGUCUCUUGGGCUCAAUGGUUCUCAUGGUCAUGGCUCCCACUUUCAAACUGCUGUUCCCAGAUAUGAAAUACCUAUUGACAUUGCCUAUGAAUCAUAUCCACAUCAUACCAUUUUUACUGAGUAAAUUAUCUCAGUAGAAUGAAACGUGACUUCAUAGGAGUACAAAGAAGCCAGAACUUGUAUCUUCAACUUUCAGGCAUAUUAAGAAGUCACCAUUCCUUCUGCCUCAGACUCUUUAGAUAUUACUAAUGUGUCCAUGAAUCUGUACAUCUUUUGUAUAUUAUUUUUUAAUCACAUUUGCUAUCUCUGUAUGGCCUAUUGCCAAUGUAAGAUAUAUGUCUUUGUAUGUCUUGUGCAGGAUAUGCAGUAUUUAGUUAUUCUGAUGUCACACACCUGCAUGAGAUUUAACAUAUAAGACAAAGAUGGGUAAGGGAGAAUAUUUCAGUCAUACACUGUAACACUGAUCUUACCAUUUAGUUGCUGAUGAAAUCACAGGAUAUACCGUAUUUUUCGUCCUAUAGGACGCAUCGGCAUAUAAGACGCACCCAAUUUUAAAGGUGCAAAAUCUAGAAAAAAAAGAUUCUGAA